AUGCGUGCAACUUGCCACCGGCUCUUGAGAUAUUGGUUCGAGUCGAUCAUAUGUUACACAAAAAGUGCGCAACUGCUACAAGUAACCAUUGAGAUACAUACUCGCGUUCACGAAAUGGCAUUCCAUCUGAAGCACCCCGAAAACCGCGAGCUCGUCGGGGGUGAUCUCCUCGCGCAGUCUCUAGCCCGGCUAGGCGCAACGGUUGCGUUUGGCAUUCACGGCGGGCAUCUCGACAGCUUCCUCAUGGCCGCAGUCGAGGCCAACAUCAAACUCGUGGACGUGCGUCACGAGACCGUCGCCGUGCAGGCCGCCGAGGGCUGGGCCAAGGUGAGGGGGAACGACGCGCCGGGGGUGUGCUUCAUCACGGCCAACUCGGGCUUCUGCAACGGCCUGCCGGGCCUCGGCACCGCCUUCGCCGACCGGUCCCCCGUCUUCUGCGUCACCAGCUCGCCGCCGCUGCGCGACGCCGAGACCAACGCCCUCCAGGGCUUCCACGACCAGGUCGUCCUCGCGCGGCCGGUGACCAAGUUCGCGCACCGCGUCACGAGCGCCGACGAGAUCCCCCGCGUCGUCAGCCUGGCGUGGCGGGCGACGACUGCGGGCGCGCCCGGGCCGGUGCUCGUGGAUUUCCCAAUCGACGUGCUCUUCACGCCGGUCCGGGCCGGGAGCAUCGCGUGGGGUUCCGUCACGGCACCGCCGGUGUCGUACCCGGCUCCCGAUCCUGGCGCCGUGGACGAAACGGUGCGUCUGUGGAGGGAAGCGAAGCGGCCAGUCAUUAUCGUCUCGACUGGCGCUGCAAGGGCGGCGGACGAGGUCGCAGGUCUUGCGGAGGCGACGGGCACGCCAGUCUUCCACUCCCCCAAAUUCUCGACGACGAUGCGACGUUCGCACCCUCUGUUUGCCGGCGCGGCGACCCAGCUGCCGCUUUUGCUUGCCCAAGGGCAGGCUCCUGAUUUCGUCCUGCUGCUGGGGGCCAGGACUGGAUUCCUACUCGGCGGCAGAAGCGGCGCAGUCGUGCCGAACGAGGACAGUGCAAAAGUAGUGCAGGUGGACUUGGACGGGAGUGAAAUCGGUCGUUCGAGGAGGAUUGACGUCGGCAUCGUCUCAGACGUUGGUCUCGCAGCCAGUGCUUUGACUGCAGCGGCAUCCAAAUUCCCCUUCGAGGCCUCGAGUGACUGGUUGAAGGAGGCCGUCGGUCUGAAGAAGGUCGGCGCAAAGCUGAUGGGGGACGAGGAUGAACCCGUGGUUUUCGAGUCCAAUGGACGCCUUCACCCGUAUCACGGCGUUAGAACGCUUUUUGAAUCACUCCCGGAAAGCAGUAUCGUCUGUAUUGACGGCGGCGAAGCAAGUGGAUGGGCUCUGCAGUGUCUCAACGACGCCAGGGCUGGGCUAUCCAUGGUAACCACUGGUUACCUAGGCUUCUUGGGGAAUGGAUUCGGAUAUUCGCUCGGCGCCGCCGUGGCCGCUCCGGACAAGCUAGUAGUCAACCUCCACGGAGAUGGCAGUGCGGGUUUCCAUAUCGGCGAGCUCGACACCUACGCCAAGUUUGGGCUCAACAUCUUGACGGUCAUCAUUAACAACAGCGUAUGGGGCAUGUCGCAGGCGGGGCAAGACAUGAUCUACGGCGCGCAAACGCCGCAGCGGCCAUGCAUUGCGAUGAACCCUGCUGUCAAGUACGAGGUCGUGGCGGAAGGGUUUGGCUGCGCGUCCGCCGUAGUUGAUGUUGUUGAGGGGGGCAGUGACAGCAACGGACAAAAGACUCUGGAAACGCUGAAAGAGACAGUACGGGAUUUGACGAGCCGCAGAAGACCGGCAUUGCUUAACCUCAAGGUCUCAGAUCUACCAUACCACAGCAGCACCAAGGCCAUGGUCGGAGCAAACAACGACCCCAACACUAUCGUUGUGCCAUACUACGACAAUCUUCCCAGACCUUACUACAAGACACCAAGAACAGAAACAGUCUAG